CAUGAGCGAGAUGGAGAAAUCAGAAGAACCCGUUGGACCGCUGGAUGGACAAUUCGAGUAUAAAACAAACAAAGACGGAACAAUAAAUAAACAUGUUGUGGUUUGCUCACACUGCAAGAAGGACUUUUCGUUUCACCGAAGCACCUCGAGCCUUAAAUAUCAUCUUAACGCCAAGCAUACAUUUGUUGGGGCUUCAACUUCAGGUGUUACGCCUGGCAUGCGUCAGACCACCCUCACCGAGCGCAGGGCAUUAAGUAAGUCUACGUCUGAGAAGCUGAACGACAAAAUUGCCAGAUGGAUAGCCAAGGACUGUAGACCGAUUAAUAUUGUCGAGGACACUGGCCUCGCAGAAGUUUUGAAAGUGGCAACUUUAGACGCAUUCUACAAGCCACCGUCGAGAGGCACAGUGAUGACUAAAAUCAACGAACUUUAUGUUGCUAAAAUGAAAACGAAGGAAGAGGAUUUGGCUUCAGCGGAACACAUGCCCUGCAUCGCUCACAUGCUGCAGAGAAGCAUCAACGUGAGCCUCUCCGAUAGUGGAUUUACAAAUGUAUUGGCCAAGUGUCGCAAAAUUGUGGGUCACUUCAGACACAGAAAAUGUUAACCAGUUAGUUUGCCUUAGCAACUGGCUAAAAGAUGAAUAAAUAAAGGUAAAAGGACCUCAUGUAAUAGUUUAAAAGUGGAGUUGUUUGUUCAAAACGAAAAACGUUCCAUUCACCCAUCCUGUAUGUGCU